AUGUGGGCCCCCCAUGAUGGCGAUGUAAUUCCUCUGUCUCCCCAGGGGCCCCCGCAGUUGCCCGAGGCGCUUCUCUGCAUAUCGAAUCUGGGGGACUCUGAUGAAGUUGAUGCCGCAGUAUAUUCAGCUCUUGAGGCCCUUGAGGCGGCCUACACAAACCGAGACAAACAAUGCUUCAUGUGCAGCAGCAGCAGCAACAGCCGCAGCAGCAGCAGCAGCACGAGCAGCAGCAGCAGCACGAGCAGCAGGGACAAUUUGGCGUUGCCCCGGGAGGUCUACGUACGGCGCCUGCUGCUGGCCUUUGCCCGCGACGUAGAAGGCAACUGGCUGCAGCAGCUGGAGUGGUUUCUGGUGAAAUGUGCUUCUUGCUGCUGCUGCUACUUGGGGGCUCAAGACGAUCUGCUGCGCUCCUUCUCCUGCUACAGCAAAGACCAAACUGCAGCACUUUAUCUCUACAGAGAAUGGCUAGCCUUCGACCUUUGCCGCCUUAUGCGCUGUCUAUACACUCUAAGCAGCAGCAGCAGCUCAGCAGCAGCUGCUUCAUCCUCUGCAGCUGCUGCUGCUGCACUAGUUGAUCUAGGUUUGCCUGUGGAUGCGGCGGGGAACGAGGAGCGCCUUUGUUCCUAUAGCAGUAGCAGCAGCAGCGGCAGCAGCAGCAGCAGCAGCAGCAGCAGGUGCAGCAGCAACACAAUCGCUGAAACCACAGUAGUGCAGCUGCUGAUGGCUGCCAGCCGCCUUUUGAGUGCUCGAACGGAAACGCCAGCAAAUGUGCUGCUGUGCUUCUUGUCGGAGCGCAUCUCAGUGCCGCUGCUGCUGCAGUUGCUGCUGCUGCCGCCUUCCCAGCAGCAGCAGCAGCCGCUGCUGCAGCAGCAGUCGGGCAGCAUAUCACUGGGGACAAACAAAGCGCGCAGAAGGCCACGGCUUCCUGCAUGGAUUCCCGAUGGAGGGUCUAGGGAGGACUUGCUGCUGCUUCAGCAGCAAACUAGAGGCCUGCACGCGCUGCUGCAGCAACUCCUGUUGCUGCAGCAACAGCAGCAACAGAAGAUUCAGAGGCAGCAGACGCAUGACUUCUUCGCAGAGACUGACCAGCAGCAAGAAGCGAAGGAAUCGCAGGCGCUUACUGAGCAGCAGCAACAACAGCAGCAACAGCUACUGCAGCUGCUACUUCAACAGCCACACGCGGCAGACCUUAGCUUAUCUUCACUGUGUCUGCUGCUGCCACUGCUGCCUGACCCGCUGCAGUGCAUGUUUGCUGCUGCUGCGCUCUCCCAGCAGCUGCCAGAGCUGCUGCUGCCGCAGCUGCUGUCACUACAGACACAUUCCCUCCUCUGCCUCCGCGCAAUUUGCUGCGGCGCACUCCAUUCAAUAGCUCUCACACAUUUGCCUUUGUUGCAGCAGCAGCUGCAGCUGGCAGCCUGCGCUGCUGCUGCUGCGGGUGACUGGAGCAGCAGCAGCAGCAGCAGCUGCAGGAACGAGGAGGCCCUCGGGAGCCCCAGCGGGCUGCUGCGAAUCGUCGAUUUUUGGCUGAAGGCUCUUGCGUCUUCUUGCUGCAGUUUAGUGCGCUGCAGCAGCAGCAGCAGCAGCAGCUUGGAGCAAAACCAGCAGCAGCAGCAUCCGAUGCCGACGGCCAAGGGGCGGCUGCUGCUGGAUGCAUCACCGGAAAAACUUUCUGCCUUUUCCCAGCUCGUGGGGGCUCUUCACAGCUUGUUUGUAGUUUUGCUGCAGCAGCCGCCUCCGGCUGUGCUGAAGGUGCUGCAGCAGCAGCAAGAGAUACCGGAAGUGCUGCAGCAGCGCGUUUCCGCAAGUCACCAGCAGCGGCCGCCCUGGCAACGCUGUGCUGCAGUUGCUGCUACAGUGUUGGCCUCCUGCAGCAGCAGCAGCAUUAGCGAUUCUGGCAGUGGCAGCAAAGCCACGCAGAGCAGCAAGAGGGACUCGCACGAUGAAGGAGCAGCAGCAAAAGCAGUGGCAGCAAAGCCACGCAGAGCAGCAAGAGGGAUUCGCACGAUGAAGACGGGAGAUCAUGGUGAGAGCGCCAAGGCCUACAGCUGCAGCAGCAGCAGCAGCAGCAGCAGCAGCAACAGCAGUAUGGCAGUGGAUGCCUCUCAGGUGUACGCACACCUCCUUGGGCUGCCUGCUGACGCAGAAGUGCUGCCGCUGCUGGGGGGAGAAGCAACUCGUCCGCUGUCGCUGUCGCUGCUGCAGUCUCUCUCCUUGCCUGUGGGGGCUUUGCUGCUGCUGCUUAAGCAGCGACUUGUUAGCCUCAGAAGCAGUAGCAAGGGAAGCAGCAACAGCAGCAGGAGCAGCAGCAGCGAAAGUGGCAAUAUGCCUGAGCCCCUACGCGGAGAUAAGCAUGACCCAGGUGCAGCGCAGCAAAAUCAGAUGACAGGUACGCCGCAGCUGGAGGCGCAGCAGCAGCAGCAGCAAGGGCACACGCAGCAGCAACAGCAGCAGCAGCAGCAAGAGCACGAGCAGCAGCAACAGAAGCAGGAUGAGCAGCAAGAAGAUGCAGUAGACGAUGAUUACUUGCAGUGGCUCGACGACCCCGAGAGCCUUGGGCCCCUUCCUGCUGCUGCGCCUCUGCAGCAACAAGGAACAGCAGCAGCAGCAGCAGCAGCCGCGGAAGGUGAAACAGCUGCGGCGGUGCCCGUAGAGAAGGGAACGCUGGUGGGCGAGACUAUUCCGCAGGCACAGAUGGCUGAACAAGAACAGCAGCAGGCCGAGCUACGGCAGCAGCAGAGGCGGGAGCAAGAGCAGCAGCAGCAGGAAACUUUGAUUCACUUUGCAAGCUGCUGCAAUGAAGCGCUGCAGCUUGUUCGGAAGGUUCUGGCUUGCCCUCCGCUAAGGGCAGUCUGCCGCUGCAACAGCACAGGCAAUGGCAGCAACAGCAGCAGCAGGAAGAGCAGCACAGUUGGUGAUGGUCCUGGUGGCUUUGCUGCUGCUGCUUCAGGCGCGCGUCCUCCCCAGAGCCCCUCACCCUGCGUUGCUUCGUAUGCUGCUGCUGCAGAAACAUCACCUGCUGCUGCAGUUUGCUGCGGCACCUGUUCUGCGCGCGCCUUCAGAGGUGACUGGCACAAGCUGCUUCGGCGCUGGCAACGGAUGGGGGAGGGUCUUGUUGCUGUUUUGCGCCCUGCUGUUGCUGCAGAUGAAGGGGCAGACGGGCCUCCAUUAGUGCUAUUACUGAACAGCAGCAGCAGCAGCAGCAGCGACAAUGCCGGCGGCAGCGGCGCUGGGGACCCCGCCUUGCAGGCGAGGCUUCGCUUUUGUUUGCUGACACAGCUGCACCUCGCUGAGGCAGCAGCAGCCGCGGCGGCGGCAGCAGCAGCAGCAGAAGAGGCUGAGAAUGACAGGGAAUCUGGGGGCCCCAGCUGUAGCCCGCGCACCCCGAGUACCCUCCGAGGGGCUCUCGAGGGCCUCGAGGACGCAGCAGGUAGGGAAGUUAUUGUGGAGGUGCACGACUUGGACUCAGAGGAAGGUGCAGCACUGGAUCCAGCAGCAGGGCCCGCUGCUGCUGCAGCUGCAACUGCAGCAGCUGACUAUUCAGCAGCAGAGUCCGCAGCAGCAGCAACUGUGGUACCUGCUGCGGAAGCUAGCACCGGCUCCUGCCCUUCUUGGGUAUUCCAGCUGGAGGAAACCAAAGAGGAUGCAGAGCUGCUCUCGCUCUUUACUGAAGAAGUGCAGCAGCAGCAACUGCAGCAGGCAGACGCUGUAAAUACGGCGGGAACUGCAGCAGCUGUCCACAGCCAGUGGAUAGCGCAGCAACUGCAGCAACAGCAGCAGCAGCGGCAGGAACUGCAGCAACUGGAGCAACUGCAACAGCCGGUGGAAACAAGCGACACUGUAGCGCUCUCGGAGGAGGAUAUAUGGGAUGCAGCUGCAGCAGCGGACGCAAUUGUUUGUUCCAGCAGCAGCGAAGAUGAUGCGUUGCCUGAUGCAACAGAAGCAGCGGAGGCGGCAGAAGCGGUGGAAGCAGCAGCAGAAGCAGCAGCAACAGCAGCGGGAGCGCAAACAGCUGCAGCAUCUGCAGCAGGAGAGAGGCGCGUGUCUUUCGUUUCGCUGUCCAGUGACAGCGACUCCGUAGAAGAGGAGCUCCCAGAGAAGCCGAAGCGUGAACCGCAGCAGAAGCGCUCUGCUGCAGCUGUCGCUGGCAGUGCUGCUCCUGCUGCUAGCAUCCCAGCAGCCGUUGCUGCUAGACCCGCAGCGCAGCCUUUGAAAGCUGCUGCUGCAGCAACAGGAGCAGCAAGGAAACAGCUGGGAGCAGAAAGGCAGUGGUACAAAGAGGCGGCUAAGCGGCUGCUGGCGCGGCGCGUAGGUGCCCUGAGUGGUCGCAGCAGUUGUAUUUACACUAGCGGCAGCAGCAGCAGCAGCGGCAGCAGCAGCAGCAGCAGCAGCAGCAUCAGCCUGAGAAGCACUCUUUUAAAAUCCAGCUUCAAAAAGAAGCACUUAGGCUUAUUUGGCAGCAGCAGCGGAGGAAGCAGCGCCACGUCUGAACGGAGUAAGCAGCUCCAAGAGAUACGGAGGGAAGCCCACAGAGAGGCAGCAGCUGCUGCAAUCCCGCGUUCCGAAAAAGACGCUUCUCGUGGUGCAGCAGCAGACGCAGCUGCAGCAACAAAGGCAGCAGGAGUUUCUGCUGCCAAGCGGCAGCGACUCAAUGAAGUGGAAUCAGAGCAAGCAGCUGCUGCAGCAGCAGCAGAGAGACAAAGAAACAACGCAAGAUUCAGGGAACGGGCAGCUGCUGCAGCAGCUGCUGCUGCUGCUGCCCCUCCCCCAGUGGAUGCGCGCCCCAGUGUGCGCCUUUUGUCUCCUACUGCGGCCGCUGCAGAUAGCAGCACCAAUGCCCCCAGCAGCACCAAAGGCUGCGAUACCCCCCAGCAGCUUACACGACAGGUCGUGGAGUUGCUGCGGUGGCAGCGGCGCUGCUGGCAGCAGCAGCAGCGGAGGGCGAGUGAGACUGCUCGUGCUGCGCUGUUAGGGUUCUUGUGGAGCCUCCUGGAGACGGACAUAUUCUCCCUUGCGUCCUCAGCUCAAGAAAUGCCCCUCUCAGCAGCAGCAGCAGCAGCAAAAGACAGCAGCAAAAGAUUACAGCCGGAGGUCGCUGCACUUGCGGCGGUCGCCAAGACACACCCCCUGCCCCUGCGCUUUGAUUCGCUGCAGAAUCUGCAGCAGGGCAGUCUCCCGCUGCUGCUGCUGGAGUGUCUGUACGGGCUGCGUUGUGGCAUAAGACAAAACCGACUAAAGGGGCAGCGUUGUGUGCUAACUCGCCUGCAAACUAUGGGGUCACAAUGGAGCUGUGCAACCUUUUCUACCGGCGCCGCGGCUGCUGCAGCUGUUGCUGCUGCUGCGGCGGCGGCGGCGCCUGUUGGGGAAUCCGGCGCAGCAGCAGCAGCCGCGGCUGUAGCAGCGAAUGCAGCUGCUGCAGGGGGAGACGGAGUGGUCAUCAGGCCGGGAGAUCUGCUAUUGCUGAUUCCAGAAAGCCCUUUUUUUGGAGCUGAGGAGACAUCAGCAGCAACAGCAGCAGGGAAGCCCCAGAAAAACGAAACCGCCAGCAGCUGGUGCGGCAGGCUCAUCGAUGAGCGGACAGCAAGGCCGCGCAACGGCUACACCGUUGGUGUGGUUGAGUACUGGGGCAGCCAAGAGCAGCGGCAGGAGGGCCUGCUGGUGAGGCUGGUGCUGGGGUCCUCUGUCACUGCGUCAGUGGAGCCUCGAAGGAUAAAUUCGCUGCGCCUGAAUCUCAACAGCAGCUGGUGGCUCUUCGUGCUGCAGAGCCUCACACCGCUGCUGCGGGAGGUGUUGGGGCUUUACCAGUGCAGCGCCUGCCCGUUUAUGCCUUCCAUUCUUUCCCCAUUUCGGACGCCUGUACAAUCCAUGCAGCAGCAGCAGCAGCAAAAGCAGAAGCAAAAGAGUUGCCUGACCUCGCACUCGCUGAAGCCUGCAACAGAUCUUGCUGCAGCAUAUCCUGUGGCCGCCAGUUUGCUGAAGCUGCAGCUGAAAAGGCACCAACUGCAGCCACACGAACUGCAGCAACUGGUCACCAGCUACCAUCUAAACAAGUCCCAAGCUGCUGCUGUCACGGGGCUACUACAUGGUGCUGCGCCCGUCGGCCUUGUGCAGGGUCCGCCCGGCACAGGUAAGACAACAACACUACUGGCGCUAAUCGCUGGGGCGUAUGGGCAAAUAAAGCAGCAGCAACGUGUAGGGCGAGCUUUCGAAAGGAUCACUGCAACGCCUGCAGCGGCAGCCGCAGCAGCAGCAGCAGCAGCAGAACACGGCAGAAAGAAGAUCCUCGUGUGCGCACCCUCGAACGCAGCAGUUGACGAAGUCGCUGAAAGAAUUAUUAAAAGUGGACUGAUCGACCCUUACACCGGACAGAAUGUACACCCUGUCUGCCUCCGCAUCGGGCACCCGGAUAGAAUACGGCCUUCCGUGCGGUCCAUCAGCUACGAUUCGGCUUACUCCAAAUUGCUGCAGCAAAAUGAGGCGUUGCUGCGGCAGCAGUUCGGCGAAGAAACAAGUGUGCUGCUGCAGCGGCGGGAACAGGUGCAGCGGAAAAUAGACUCGAUCGAGCAGCAGCAGCAGCGACAGCAACAGCAGCAGAUUCUCCUACAGCGCAAAGAACAGCAGCAGCAGCUGCUGCAGGCUGCCGCGCAUAUCCUCAGAGAAGAGGGCCAGUCAGAUGAGGCAGCAGCUCUUGUCGCUGCCGGGAGCAGCAGCAGUAGCGGCAGUAACAACGAUUUAAGUCGAGCCAGUGCAUCUUCUCCCUCCUCCAGCAGCAUCGCUGCUUCCUCCGUCGUGUCGGAUACAUCGCAGCGGCCGCCGCCGCAGCAUAAGAGUGCAGAAAGCCUGAACCUUCAGCUGCAGCAGCAGCUUGCCGAGAAGCGGCAACUUGGCGAUUUGCUGCACCGCAAGCGGCGGGGGCUGCAAGCCCGUAUUGGUUCUCUGCCGCGUCUUGUGCGGAAACAGCUAGUUGCCUCAGCAGAUAUAAUUUUUGCCACCUUGUCUGGCUGCGGCUCGGAGGCUCUAGACCCUAUUAACGAGCAGGACGCAGAGGCAGAUGCACUGGGAGCGACUGCAGCUGCAGCAGAAGCAGCAGCAGCUAAAUCCACCGACGCAGGCAGAGGGAAAAGACCCCUCACAACGAGCAGUGCCACUAGCGGCACGAGCAGCAGCAACAGCAGCAGCAGCAGUGUUCACUUUGCGUAUGCCAUUGUAGAUGAGGCUGGCCAAGCCACAGAAGUGGCCAGUCUUAUUCCGCUGCGUCUUCGCUGCGAUCGAUUGCUGCUGUUUGGCGACCCGCUGCAGCUGCCGCCCCUCAUUUGUUCCUUUGCUGCCCAAACCAAAGGUCUCGGCAGGAGCCUUAUGGCUCGAUUGGCUUUGUGCUGCCAGCAGCAGCAGGAGCAACAGGAACAGCAGCAGCAACAAGAGAGGGAAGAUGUUGCGUUUUAUUUCCUCUCCACGCAGUACCGCAUGCAUCCGCUGAUUGCAGAGUUCCCCGGGCGUGUAUUUUAUGGGGGGCGUUUAGAGACAGACAAGUCUGUUCUUGAAAGAGGCCCGCUGCCGGCCCCUCUCAGAGGGGCUUACCUUCGUUUUUUUCAUUUGCGCUGCCCUCCUCGGCGAGAAGAAACAGCAGCAGGGGCGUCAGGGGGUCUGGGAGGUCCCAGACUUUCAUUCUGCAAUAAAGGCGAGGCGCUGUUUGUGGCGCAGUUGGUGCUGCUUUUGCACAAGACGUUCGAGCAACAGCAGCAGCAGAAGCAGCAGCAGGUGUCGUUAUCGCUUUCUGAUGUUGGCAUCAUAUCUCCCUACAGGGCACAGGCCGAGCUUAUUCUCUCUUUGUUGAAAUCCUCCCCCGAGCUUCGGGGGGCCACCCUGCCCGAGACAGACACUGUAGAUGCAUUUCAGGGUAGGGAGAAGGCAGUAAUCAUUGUAUCUUUUGUGCGGUCGGGAUGCCCCGGGCAAACCCACAAACAGCAGCAGCAGCAGCAGGAUGCUGCUGCUGCUGCUGCGGCUUGGGGGCUCGCAGAUGAUGGACAGCAACAGCUACCCCUCGAUAUAUUUGCCAUGCAAAAGUCGUCAACUGAUGAAGCAGCAGCACAAGCAGCGCCAGAAGAAGCAGCAGUAGGUAAUAACCGUCGUUUAGGGUUUGUUGCGGAUGAACGGCGGCUUAAUGUUUCUCUCACGAGGGCUAAGAGGGCCCUGUGGCUAGUUGGGGAUGCUUUGUUGCUGGAAAGCAGCAGCCUCCUGCGGCGUCUAGUUUCCUUUGUCAAAUCGGUCCCGGGCGCAUGCAUAGAUGUGGUGCAGCAGCAACACCACCACCACAACCACAGCCAUGAACAGAACACAGAGCAGCAGCAGGAGUGGACACGAAAGGUCAUCACCAAGGGAGAUAUGGAUUCAUUUUUCGCUCUUAUGCACCGCCAAACAAUUAAGGCCAACAUGCAGCAAAACGUUCAGGAGCUUCGCAAGCGUGUGAAGAAGCAGAACAUUGAUGCAGAGCUUUCUGCUGCAGCACCUCCUGUCUCGUCGAACACUAGUAGCACGCCCAGGCACAGUACUCUUAUGGCGAAGCACACAGCCUCUCUCCUCGAAGAACGGAGCAGCAAAUGCAGCAGCAAGGAGCGGCAACAAACAGCAUCCGCAGAUCGGCACACCGCAUCGUGCAUUGCCACGGGAGAGCCCUUGCUACGGAAAAUCAAGCAGCAGAAGCAAGAAGAGCAGCUUGAGAAGAAACAGCAGCAUCGGCAAGUUGAGCGUCAGCAGCACCACAGCGGACAGCGGCAGCCCGAGCGGCAGCAGCAGCCAGGGAGGAAAGACCGGUUGGCCGACCGAAAGCUGCUGCAAGAAGACUCACGUCAUCAGGCAGAAGACGCACUAACACAGCUUCGUGGCAGCUACACUACCAGUAGCACCACUGACAGCAGAAGCUGUAGGCAACAGGGCAUGGGAUUGUAA